ACGGAGAGAUUUACAAGUUCACAGCCCGAGAAUACAUUGGACCGGGUCAAAGACAAACACUAUGAUUAUACUGUCAUAAGUCUGUCAGGAACAGUGCAAACGUCCUCUGUGGAAUAAUGAUACGAACUCUCGGUACCGGUCCUGUGUGCGCCCGCUUACUCUCGCAGGGACCAAAGUCUGCAACGUGCAGAGUUGCACAUCACAGCGGCGCAUUUGAUGUGGCCAUCAUUGGUGGAGGGAUUGUUGGACUGGCCUCAGCCAGAGAGCUGAUCCUCAGGCACCCAAAUCUCAGCUUUGCCCUGGUGGAGAAAGAGAAAGAGCUCGCUCUCCAUCAAACAGGUCAUAACAGUGGUGUGAUCCACAGUGGGAUUUACUACACACCAGGUUCUCUGAAGGCUCAGCUUUGUGUUCGUGGGGCCACGCUGACAUAUCAGUACUGCCAGAAGAAAGGUGUCCCUUAUAAGAGAUGUGGCAAGCUGAUUGUAGCAGUGGAGAGAGAGGAGAUUCCCCGUCUAAAGGCUCUGUAUGAACGUGGAAAGAAGAACAAAGUACAAGAUCUCCGUCUGAUUGACGCCAAAGCCAUCCGAGAGAAAGAGCCAUACUGCAGGGGCAUCAUGGCACUGGACUCUCCUUACACAGGGAUUGUUGACUGGCGUGUUGUGGCUUUGACUUACGGUAAGGACUUCCAGGAAGCAGGUGGCACUGUGUUGACCAGCUUUGAAGCCUCUGACAUCACAUUAGCAGCAGAGAGCCCAGCUGGAAGCACUGAGGGGCUGAAGUAUCCCAUCAUCGUCAGAAGCUCAAAGGGGCAGGAGGUGAGGUGUUGCUUUGUAUUGGCGUGUGGAGGCCUGUACUCUGAUCAGUUGUCUGAGAUGUCUGGCUGUAGUUCAGAGCCCUGUAUCGUUCCCUUUAGAGGAGAUUACCUAGUGCUCAAGCCAGAGAAAAACUACCUGGUCAGGGGCAACAUCUACCCUGUGCCAAACCCACGGUUCCCAUUCCUGGGAGUGCAUUUCACUCCUCGUAUGGACAGCAGUGUUUGGCUGGGCCCAAAUGCAGUGUUGGCAUUCAAACGAGAGGGCUAUAAACUCUAUGACUUCAACAUACAAGAAUUUAUUAAUGCACUCUCCUACAGGGGUCUGCAGAGACUGGUACUGAAGAAUAUUGUGUAUGGAAUGGGAGAGAUGUACAGAGGUGUGUUUACCAGUGCUCAGGUGAAGAUUUUGCAGAAAUUCAUACCUGAACUGAGCCCCAGUGAUGUCCUCAGGGGGCCAUCAGGUGUACGUGCACAGGCUUUGGAUGUUGAAGGAAACCUGGUGGACGAUUUUGUGUUUGACGGAGGGAAGGGAGAACUGGGCAGCCGAGUUCUGCAUGUACGCAAUGCACCGUCACCUGCAGCAACCUCCUCCCUGGCUAUCGCUGAAAUGGUUGCAGAUGAGCUGGAGAAAAGAUUUCAGCUAUAAACAUGCCCCCUUGUGAUGUCACACGGCUCUACAUUGCCAUCACCAUGAUUACACUAUCACUCUGAUACCUUGAUUAAAAGAAUAAGAAAAAAAAAGGGUUUUAUAAACAAACUAUUAUAGUAGAAUUAAAUAGGUUUUGGUGCUCUUUCUAAUGUAUCUUCAUUUCUGAUUAAGAUCACAGGAAAUGCUGGGUAACUUUUAUUAUUUCUUUAUAAAUCUCAUGACUUUAUGAGGAAGAGGAACGGCCUUAAACUAAUGUACAUAGUUAGCUGCACAGGAGAAUGAGCUCACUUCAUAUCUGAAUUUAUAAAAAUAAAACAUGAUGACUUCUUUUA